GGUUAAAACAAAAAACCCUAUCAGAAAUUUAAUAGGUCUGUGUCGUAUGUCUUUCUUGAAUUUUUCGUAGUUUAAAGGAAUUUCUGAUCGUAUUUGUUUACAAUAUUCUAAUUUAACGCAAAGUACAAAUCAAAAAUGUCGUGUGCAAAGAUGUCGGCGUUCAUUCGAUCCUUUAGCACAAGCAAUGCGGUUCAGCAAAUGGUAAAACCGCCGAUACAGGUUUUCGGUAUCGACGGUCGUUACGCAACAGCGUUGUACUCAGCCGCAUCAAAACAAAAUGCGUUAGAUGCUGUAGAGAAGGAUCUCGUAAAAUUUCAAGGUACUGUCAAGACAGACGCAAAGUUGCGCGAAUUUAUCGUAAAUCCGAUAAUUAAACGUCAACACAAGGCAGAGGCUUUAAAAACGAUAGCAACUAAAGUUUCGUUAUCCCCACAAACCUCCAACUUGCUGCAGAUUUUGGCAGAAAAUGGGAGAUUGCAAAACUUGGAUGGUGUCAUAUCAGCCUUCAAAACGAUUAUGUCUGCACAUAGAGGAGAAGUGAUUUGUGAGGUGACAACCGCUAAGGAUUUAGAUCCCAAUCAACGCAAGCAAUUAGAAUCUGUUUUGAAAUCGUUCUUGAAAGGAAAAGAAACUUUGCACUUGACUGUGAAGGUCGAUCCAUCGAUUAUUGGUGGCAUGAUAGUGAGUAUUGGAGAUCGUUAUGUCGACAUGAGUGUAUCCAGUAAAAUUAAGAAAUACACCGAUCUUAUUAGUGCCGCUGUAUAAAUUAUGUGAGGAAGUGUAGCAAAAUUAUACUGAAAUAAAAGAAAUUACAAAUUCCAUCAUAAUAUUUAAUUAAAUAAGAUGCAACCUGUACCGAUAUAAAAUUGUUAAUACAUAAAAUUCAAACAGU